AUGGGAAAGCUUCCAAGUGACACUACAGUGAACCCGAAGCAUCAAGGUUUUAGCACAAGCAACGUGAGGGAUGCACGCGUUAGCGCGGUAAGUAUUCUUUUAAAUGAUGAAGUUUGUAGUGUUGAAAACAUUCCACCACCACAAUUCGUUGAUGGUGUAGUGGAAAAUAUAGGUGAGGAGCCGGAAAGUGAAAAUGAACACGAAACGAUUUCACAAAGUAAAAAUGAAAACGUAACUAAAAAUUCUUUUUGUGAAAAUAGUUUAAAUCAACUUAACCUGCUUAAUGCAUCGAAAAGUGAAGAACGGUGCCCACUAAAGGACGAGGGGUGGGAAAAUUUUAAGCAAGCUAAAAUUAAUUUACCGUUACUAGAUGACAUUAAAAAGGUUCCGGCUCAUGUGGAAUGCUUAAAGGAGUUAAGCAUUGAAAAACGGCACAACAAAUUACCCAAACCGGUUGAUUUGAUAUCUCAUGUGAGUGCCGUUUUAUCGAGUGCCCUUCCCCCAAAAGCUCAAGAUCCGGGAGAUCCUCUUAUUCCAAUUCAAAUUGGAACAUUUAAAAUUGAGAGGGCGCUCCUAGAUCUUGGAGCUUGUGUGAGCAUCUUGCCCGGGAGUUUGUAUGACCAAUAUGAUUUUGGCCCAUUAAAAAAUUUUGAUACUCCCGUGGUAUUGGCCGAUCAGACUCCCACGUAUCCAAGGGGGAUGGUGGAGGAUGUGAUUGUUAAGGUGGAUGAUUGCUACUACCCAGUUGACUUUUUGGUAGUAGACUACGUUGGGUGUGUAGGGGACACCCAACCGAUAGUCAUACUGGGUAGGCCGUUCCUGGCAACUGCUAAUGCCAUAAUAAAUUGUGCAACGGGAACGUUGUUAUUCGUAGUUUAG